GGGUAAGUUGGUCACUAGAUGGAUAUUUUGGUGACCAAGGAUUUGGAAAUGGAAUUUUUUUGUUCAGGGAUUUUUUUUUAGCAAAAUAGGUAUGAGAUAUGAAAAGCUGGUGUCAUUACGAGUGAAAUGAGUACCCGGAAGACUAUAUUUUGAAAAUGAGAUAAUCGAUGAUUUUUUAAAUGGCCCAAUUGUCACCUGAUGAUUUUUUAAUCCAAAAGUAUUGAUGUGGGUACUCAAACUACUCGGCAAUGAGCGCUCUGAUGAAUGGUCAUGGUGUUUUUUAAUUUACAAUUUGAAAAAAAAAAAAUAAAAAUAAAAAUUUUGGAAUUAAUAUUUUUUUGGGCCAUUUUUUAAUAUCAUCAGAACAUAACGAUGUGGGUACUCAAACUUGAGGAAAUUUUGUGAGGAAUUCAGUAGAGUGUGAGUUGAUUUUGUCAGACUAACCUGAUUAGCAAAAUAUUCAUAAAUGUGCUGGGUGAUAAUUAUCUAUUACAUAAUUUCAUUUGUAUUUUUUAUUUUAAAACGUUGGGAAUAUGCCAAUGACAUGUUUUAAAUAAAUAAACACGGCCUAGAAUACGUUAUUCUUGUAUAAUGACAUUUAGACAGUAAAAGAGAGGGAUGAGAAAAUUUUUUAGUCUACUCCGAGAUCUUGGAGAUAAUUUAUUUAAUUUAUUCAUUUAAAAUGAUAAAUUAUUAUUUUUCUUUAAAAUAUAAUUUUUUAAUUAUAUUUUUAAUGAGUUCGUUGGUUAUUAAGUUGAGCUAUGGAUCGACGAGUGUAGCGAGAGUUAAUGCGGGCAAGCAGGCGACGUUGCUAUGUCAGAGUAAUGAUGAUAGUCAUCGAUUUAUGUUUUGGAAAGUAAUUGAUAAUAAUAAUAAUAUUGUUGGGCCAAAUAGUUCUUAUGAUAAUGAUAAAUAUAACUAUGAAGUCCUAACUGGUAAAUUGUAUAUAUGGAGCGUGUCGACACGUGAGUCAGGUUUUUAUCACUGUAUAUCUCGCAGUAUUGAGAAUCAUUCAAAGUUCAAUGUCCACACCGUCGAAUUAAUUGUCAACAAAAAUGACUACUACUGGGAAAGUGAUUUCGAGGUGACUUUACUACGUACACUCAUGGUAAUAAUGCUCGUACUUGUUGGAAUCGCACUUUAUUUAUUAGUAACUACCAAAAAAAAACGUCAACCUGAUAUCGAAGACUUGAGGUCAUUUAAAUCUACCAAAGACAAAGUACCAAUAAUUACAUACUCAAGGCCCGAUACGCCAUCGUCUCCUCAAGGAUGUGAUAAUGACUUCCCUAAAGUAUAUACACAAUUAAAUAAAGCUCAACUUGUUUAAUUUUUAAGUUUAUACUAUUAUUUGUAAUAUUAUUUUAAAAUAAAGGAUAUUAAAAUAGAUAAUUCUGAGUCGGGAUUUUUUUUUUCUUAAAUUUGAGAGUCACAGCUGAAUAAGUGAGGAAAUUGCGCGUUGAAUGAGUACCCACAUCGAUAUAUUUCGGUUACGUGAUUCUUAAUUAGUUAACCUGGGGUGAAUUGGUCAUUUUUCAUUUUUGGGGAAGUUACAAAUUUUUGGGGGUAAAAUGAGUGAGAGGGGUAAGUUGAGAAGCGCGAGACGA